AUGAUUGGGUCCGUAUCGGAGACAGAGCUUCAAUCAGAUUCCGGAUCCCAACCGAUGAGUGAACAUCCUUUUAUUAACCGGUAAGCAUAAAUUUAAUUUUAACUGAAAGGAUUUUAAUUUGAUUUUAGAAAACAAAAAUGUUUUCCAAGUGCUCAAGCUGACGGCUUUACACAAAAAAUAGUGAAAUCUACAGAAAUUAAAAAUAAGUCAACAGACAAUCAGGACAGCGCUAAAAGUCCCAACGAAAGUAACGCAGCACAAAGUCCUAAGAAGGACGAAGCUACAAGGCCUCUUGUUUUGGAGGAAAGACAUUCGCUAUCCAUAGCUGAAACCAAGAAACGCCGAGCUAGUGUCUUUUCGGAGCAAAGUCUUUUUAUACCUAAGCAACUAGCCCGAAGUGAACUUCAGUUCCGAACCAGAAAACUAAGUAAUACUAUAGCGAAGAAAAAAGAGUGUCACCUGAGAAUGCUGAAGUUUCCAUUCGAUUCUAGUCGUGUCCGCUAUGUGGUUGAAAAAAUGAAAAAAGAGCAAUCUGCUAGCGAACAGCCACCAUCCGAAAACCAACAGGAUACACCAUUAGCUAUGGAGGACAUUAAUUCGGUUGAAAUAAAACAGGAAGAGUUUAUGUAUGAUACAAACCCAAGUAGCCCGGAUUUGCCAUUGAGUAUGCCCGAUUUAGAAACGGAAACUGUAACUGUGAAGACCCAAUUACCAGAAAACGAGGAUAGCGUAACUUUGUUUGAUUUGGUCAAGAAAGAGGCUGAGGAUGAAGAUUCCUUAGAGGAUCCGAAUAUAAAACUUCUACAAAGUCAGCGGCAGAGUGUGAUAAAGUCUAACUUUUCAAAAGGCCUGCAUUAUCCUUAUUUAAAUUGGCAUCAACCACAGUUCAAUGUCAAAAUGGAAGUAUUGGAAGAAUAUCCGAGUCAAUCGCCAUUGGAAAAUGAAUUCAUAAAUAAUGCAAAAACUGAAGGACUGAAUUAUAAUGAGGUGGCAGGGCCAGAUGAAUUUAUACAAGAAUUACCAGGUACUCAAGUACAAAGCGAACACAAUUAUCAACAACAAAACAUUUUUGAGGAGCAACAGGAACCUCAGGAUUUACAAAUGCCAGACCCAAUCCUACCCGUGCAAAACGUUCAAACAGUUCCAGAUCUGGAGCUACCACACAACCUUCAGAUAACUCAUAAAAUUCCAACAGCCCAGGACCAGCAAAUGACACAUAUUCAACCAGAGCCCGAGGCCAUAAACUUUUCCCAAUCAAAUCAACCAAAUAUGAACGCUCAGAACCACGUUGCUGAGCUUCCCACCACAAGUAUAAAUACAUCUUCAGGACUGUCCACACUUCGCCAGCACUUAAUGCAUCACAUUGUGCGUCCGAGAACAUUUAAACAAGACAUACGCCAACCCAGUAGUAUCAACAAUAAUGCCAUCGAACGUAUAAAUCAAAAUGUUGCGACUCCUCAUUAUGUGGAGACCCCAGCUAUACCCACUCAAAAUGUAUCCCAACAAUGGAACUGUCCCAGCGUUGCACCCAAGCCACACAUUCAGACACAACAGCAACAGGCACCACAACAACAUCCGCAGCAGCAGCCACAAUAUAUCGCCCAGCAACAUCCUACUCCCCAACAAAAACUGGAAAUUAUAUACAACCCGCAACAAAACGAUAUUCAGUUGCAGGAACUGAAAGUUUUAUAUCAACGCCUGGAGUGCCGGGAAAAUAAUGAGCUAAUCCAGAUAGGACAGUCUUUGACACAUGUCCUUGAGGAAAGGCUUGCCUAUGAACUAAAACACGCGGAAGAGAAGCGUCUAUAUCUGGAAAAAAUGGAGAAAAGCAAAAAGAUGGAGGAAAAACUGAAGACAAAGAAAGAGCAAGUGCAGCGGCAGAUAAGAGCUGAUCUCAGGAUUUUGGAACAGCGUAUAGCAGAUAAGCAACGCCAGCAGGAGGAACAUAUGUUGGCGUGGUCCUGGCAACAUCGUCAGCAAGUAGAAAUGCGUCGGCUACAGCAGCAGCAGCAGCAACAGCAGCAGCAUCAACAACAUCGGGAAUGUUUUCAACAAUUUCUUAUGCAACCAAAGCAACAGCAGCCAACUGCUGCUGAAAAUUUGCAACGAUUGCACACUCUGACAUCUCAGCCAGCUCAAGUACAACAGCAACAUCAGCAGCAACACCCGCAACGUCAGGAACACCAGCUACUUCAGCAACCACAGCAACUUCAGCAACAUAGGUUUUUGUUCCAACCCCCAGCUUAUAUGUACCCCUCCACCUUCCAGGAGCCCAUAAACUAUCAACAAGUACCAGUCAAUCCGGCGGAGCCCCAUGCCCCGGGUCCCGUAAUUGAAUUGCGAAGCCGUUUAUGGAUACCACCACCGCCUUAUUGUCCAACCAGCCAGAAGUCCCCGGACGAGACUCCCAAGGAACCACCUAAGAAACCUCGUCAACCUCGUCGGAAAAAUACCGAAAAACGUCCAACGGUUGCUCCGUACACCGUUCCAAGCGUACAAUCCGAGGCACCGACUAAUCCUGUCCAAGGAGACACUGCACAACAUUCGGCAGCUUCAGUUCCCGAACAGAGGAACGAAAGUAUAACAACUGUGAUGGAAAAUUACGUCUCGAACUAUUUAAACAAGAAUAUGCGCUCUAAGACACAGGACACUAAUGGACAUUAG